AUGUACGUUCGAUGCACCCGCUUCCGCCCGUCGCACUCCCUUCCGCACGCCUGCACUCUCUUCCGCUCGUCGCACUCUCUUACGCCCAUCAAACUCUCUCCUGCCGUCACCCUACUGCCCGUCGCUCUCCCUAGCGCACGUCGCACUCACUUCCGCCGUCGCCCUCCCUUCCGCCCGUCACCUUCCCUUCCGCCCGUCGCACUCACUUCCGCCGUCGCCAUCCCUUCCGCCCGUCGCCCUCCCUUCCGCCCGUCGCCCUCCCUUCCGCCCAUCGCCCUCCCUUCCGCCGUCGCCAUAGAUUCCGCCCGUCGCCCGUCGCCAUGCCUUCCGCCCGUCGCCCUCCCUUCCGCCGUCGCCAUCCCUUCCGCCCGUCACCCUCCCUUCGUCUCGUCGCCCUCCCUUCCUCCCAUUGCCCUCCCGACCACCCGCCGCCCUACCUUCCCCUCGUCGCGCUCCCUUCCGCCCGUUGCCCCCCUUUGUCUCGUCGCGCUCCCUGCUGCUCAUCGCCCUCCCUCCCGCUCGUCCCCUCGCAAUCCCUGUAUAUCUCUCCCCUCGUCGCCCUGGCAUCUCCGUCACUAUCGCCAUCCCUCCCUUCUCCCUUCCCAACUCCCACACUUGUCACGCCCCCUUUCCAACCCGCACACAUCCUUCCUUUCCCUUUCCCUGCUUCCCCCCAUCCCCCUCCCUGCUUGCCCCCAUCCCCUUCCCUGCUCCCCCAUGUCCCCUUCCCUGCUUUCCCCCAUCCCCCUCCCUGCUUCCCCCCAUCCCCUUCCGUGCUUUUCCCCCUCCCGUUUCCAUCGCUUUCCCCCUCCCAUCGCCCUCGCUCUCCCCCUCCAGUCGACCUCGCUUUCCCCCUCCCGUCGACCUCGCUUUCCCCCUGCUCACUCUCUUUCCCUCUGCUCACUCUUUCCCCCUUCCUCAUUCUCCCCCCCCUUCCUCACUCUGUUUCCCCCUGCUCACUCUCUCCUCCUCACUCAAUUCCCCCCUGCUCUAUUCCCCCUGCUCUGUUCCACCCUGCUCACUCUCUCCUCCUCACUCGUAUCCCCCCUGUUCUGUCCCCAGCACCAGGUGUAG